UCGGAAAGCACUUCCUGGUGAGCGCCAGUGAGAAAGAUGAAUGUGGGCGUAGCUCACAGCGAGGUGAACCCCAACACCCGGGUGAUGAACAGCAGAGGGAUAUGGCUGGCCUACCUGCUGUUGACCGUCGUGUUGCACAUUGUCCUGCUCAGCAUCCCCUUCUUCACCGUGCCUCUGGUCUGGACCCUCACCAACGUCAUCCACAAUCUGGCGAUGUACUUGUUCCUGCACACAGUUAAGGGAACCCCGUUUGAGACGCCAGAUCAGGGUAAAGCUCGCCUGCUCACGCACUGGGAGCAAAUGGACUACGGCAUCCAGUUCACUUCCUCUCGCAAAUUCCUCACCAUCUCGCCCAUCGUUCUGUAUAUUCUUGCCAGUUUCUACACGAAAUACGAUGCCACUCAUUUCCUCGUCAACACAAGUUCCCUACUCAGUGUGCUGCUUCCAAAGUUGCCUCAGUUCCACGGAGUACGGAUAUUUGGCAUCAACAAAUACUGACACAAGCGACUCACGCUGGAUCCUAGCAUUCAGUUUCAGUGGACUAAACGUCUCAGGGUUAGCGAUGAAGAAGAGGAGAAUCAAUCUGACGCGUCCUAUAACUAUCCAGACUCUGUGAUGGAGGGAUCUAUGAAGUUUAUACUGCCUCGUGUGGCCCUGAAUUGAAUGAACCAAAAUGCACUGCUGUACUGAGCUGUUGUGUAUGAUGAUGUGCUAUAGGUUACUGAAUUAGUCUGAUGUCCUACUUCACUUUUCUACAUUUGACAUUCCUGUUGUAUAUCUGCUAAUCGCCGGGCACCAAACCGGCACUAGAGACUGCAAACUGUUGCUUUCUAGAAAGAGCAGAGUUUAGAUGGCAUCCUGUGUAAAGUUGGGGGAUAAGUCGUGGAUUUAUUUUCUGUCAAAAGUACAUUGGAAAAGAACAGCAUCCUCUAGUCUCAGACAUAGCUUUUAGUUUUUCUUAUCCAAACUGCACUGGCUGUGAGUAUUUAAAAACUGUGAGGUACUUGACCGUGCCAUUUCACGAGGUUGUGUGUGACUGUGUUUAUUAUGGCAGCGUGCCGGUUCCCUAAUUGUCGAAAGACUAACCGUGCCCUUUGCGGUGCCCUGCAAGGUUUCAUUUUCUCUUUUCUCUGUCACAUCCGAUGAUUUCCAUUCAUGUGGUCAUGUGUCAGUAGUAAAUAUUUUUCAUCCAUGUUGUUUCCAAGUUCAAAUGAUGUACCGUGCUGC